AUGAGUCUUCAGAAGAAUAUACAUAUAUUCCCCAGAUUACCAUACUCGUUAUUACUGAACAAAUACUAUCACUCUUCUAAUGGUUUGUUUAAAGCCAUUUCAUUGGCCUCAAAAAGAAACUAUGCUAAUAUCUCUAACAAUAAUAAAAACAAUGUAUUCCAUGAAGAAGACUGGGCCAAUCAAACUAAUCCUAGUCCAUACACUAUUCUAAAUCUAUCGCAAGCUACUUUCGAUAAAAACCUUUUAAAACAACGAUAUUAUCAACUGUGCAAGAUUUACCAUCCAGAUAUAAACACCAAAAUUAUUGCUAAAGACAGCCAUAUUAAAAAAAAUGGCAAAGAUUACUAUUUAAAUGAAGAACAAAAAUUACUUAGGUUUAAAAUGAUCAACGAUGCAUAUGAGAUUUUAAAAACCCCUUCAAAAAAAGCUAACUAUGAUAAAUACGGUUUAGGUUGGAUUUAUGGUAACACUGACGUGUCCACCAUUAAUAAUGGUUUCCACACUAAUGGUUUCCAUGCUAAUGGUUUUGCUUCACAAAGAUUUCGCGAAGAAACUAUGAAAAAUUCUGCUUAUUGGAACGCAGGCACAUGGGAAGAGAUUCACAGAGCAAGGGCUGCCAAUGGCAACCCUGCUUUGGAUGGUGAAAAUUUUAACAUCUGGACAUUUUUAUGGAUUUCAGUGGGUCUUUUUAUUGCAGUGGAACUGGCUACUUUUUUAAAUAAAGUGGAGGAUACUUUGGUUGCUAAAAAAGAUAUGCAUGAUGCAAGUGAAUACGAUUUACUUUGUGCCUACACAAACUAUGGGUUAGCUACUGACAAAUGGAGUAGGUUAAGAAGAUUCCUAUGGUUCAGAGCCUUUGGGAUGUAUUCUUCCAAAGAAGAUUUAGACAGAGAGUCUAAAUUGAAUGAGUCUAUGAUUGAGAAUUUAAAACAAAAAUCAAAUUGA